AGCUUAUUCUCAUCACGGCUUCCGCGUUCUGCUUCGACUAGGUACUGGUGUUCUGGACCGCUCUGGGGACUGAAGCUGAACGGGACGAAUGGCACUGCCUCGAAUAGCGCUUAGGCUGCCCGGUUGCUUUUGGCAGCGGGACUUGACUUGCUGUAGAAGCGCUUUCCGCGCGCAGUUGGUACACAUCAGCAAGCGUUCAGUCCCGAGUUGUCGCCGUUCAUAUUCCCUCGCAUUAACCAGCAAAACCGCUCAGACUCCUACCGCAGAAGCCCUACAAAUUGACCCAGAGGUCUUUCACCAAGAUCUUCGUGAAGAAUGGACCAGAUACAGUAACUUUCCAAAGGCCUCCGAGGCGGCGGACUACAAGGAAGGGCAGCGCGUCACCGUUCAUGGAUUCCUGACCGAGAGACGGCAAAAGGGCAAGAAUCUUGUGUUCGGAGACUUACAGGUCCACAACGGACCUCACGUCGAGAUCAUUUACCAUAAAGGCCAACUGCCCGACGAUGAAGAAGUCAGGACAAAGUUAAGGAAAGCCCUCAACAGCAUUCCCCUUCACAGCCCGGUCUCCGUGACGGGAACCGUCAGCAAACUCUAUGGCGCAGAAUCCGGAGAGCUCCCCCCGAAAGCCAGCGGCGCCGACGACGGAAUACAACCCCAGAGUGCCUCUUCAGGGCCGGGCAGUUUCCCCGACGGCGUCUCUCGCAUCGACGUGCUCCUAGAAAGUAUUCAACCGCUGAACCUCUUUCCAAAGAACAUUAUCGUCUCCAAGGACGUCGUCUUCCCGCCCGAGUCUCGGCACUUGCAGAUCCGCUUCCACGAUGGCCUUCGGUCCCGUCUGCUUGCUCGGCCGCGAAUAGCGUCCCGCUUGAGGAAGUUGCUCAAUGACCUUGGCUUCACCGAAGUUGAGACGCCGAUCCUGUUCAAAUCCACCCCUGAAGGGGCUAGAGAGUUUCUGGUUCCCACGAGGACCGUUGGCCGUGCAUACGCACUGCCACAAAGCCCUCAGCAGUACAAGCAGAUACUCAUGGCCAGCGGCAUCCGGGCCUACUACCAGUUUGCUCGCUGUUUCAGGGACGAGGACUUGCGAGCGGACAGGCAGCCAGAGUUCACGCAGCUGGAUCUAGAAAUGUCCUUUGCCACGGGUGAAGACGUCAUGAGGACGGUCGAGUCCCUCAUUUCAGGUUUGACCUUCUCGCUGGACUCCGAGUUUUUGACCGUGACGAAAGGUGAAGAUCGAUAUCUCACGCCUAGAAGGAGCUUGACUGCGCUCGAACAGGAGUGGACUGGGCGCCCAUCUUACACGAAGCCUCCGUUUCCCCGUAUGAAGUACGAAGAGGCCAUGACGAGGUUCGGCACCGACAAGCCAGAUUUACGAAUCCCGUUCGAGAUCCACCGGGUUGAGCAGUUCCUGCCGCCGUCAUUUAUUUCCAAGAUCACCAUCCUCCAAAACCCGGUCGUGGAAGCGUUCAAGUUCCGCCCGGCCGCAGUGGACAAACCCGAGACGGUGGCGGACUGGGCUUUCCAGACACUAGAUGAUGUCGACAUCGACAGUGCAGGGAACCCACCUAUUCACCUAACGGUCGAUUCCUCGAAGCCUCUCCGUGGCCUUGCGGCUCUCGGUUUCGAUGGCGUCACUGCCUUGCAGUCCGGCGUGGCCGAAUUUGCCGAUCUGCAAGACGGAGACGUGCUUGUCUUCCAGGCACGCGAGGACAAGCCCUUCCAGGGCGCCGGCUCAACGGACUUGGGCAUUGUCAGGAACGAGUUGUAUCGGAAAGCCGUGUCCGCGGGACUGCUGGCCGAGGAUCUCAAUUUCCAUUUUCUGUGGGUCGUCGACUUCCCCAUGUUCAAACCGAAGAGCGUGACGGAUCCGGAUCCUGGACAGGGUGAAAAAUCGCGCUUUUCGGCGACUCACCAUCCUUUCACUGCGCCGUUGACGAUGGCGGACGCCGAAUUGCUCGCGACUGACCCGCUGAAGGCGAGGGCCGACCACUACGAUCUGGUGGUUAACGGCGUCGAGCUGGGUGGCGGCAGUCGACGUAUCCACACGGCCCUCACGCAAGAGUACGUGUUCAGGGACAUUCUCCAGAUGACCGACUAUGGCGUCGGGCAGUUUGCGCACCUACUCGAAGCUCUCCGCGCCGGCUGUCCACCCCAUGCCGGCUUUGCCCUGGGCUUUGACCGUCUCGUGGCACUGCUCACGUAUACCGACUCGGUCCGCGACGUGAUUGCAUUCCCCAAGUCAAUGAAGGGCGAAGACAAGAUGGUCAACAGCCCCGGGGAGCUCAACAAGGGCCUUCUUCAUCGUUACCAUCUUACAUGGGCUACCGAAGCGAUACGCGGAGUUCAGAAGGAUGAAGCGAAGGAAUGCAUAUAAAGGAAUGCAUAUGCGAUGAGAAAGCAGAGAAGGACCUCGGGUUCUGACUAGCCGCCCGGUAGAAGGACGUUCCUUAGCCUGUAUCAAUCGCUGUACAACAAAAUGGAGCAGUGAUGUCAAGACUUUCAGUUUCUGCUGCUAGACCGGUUCACAGGAUAGAAGGAUGGCUCUCCACACCAAGAAACAACCGUGUAUGAAUAUACCUAUUAUGCUUAUGCACUUCAUUAGUCCAAUCCCUGUCUUAUCCCUCGUCCGCUUGAAGGUAGGGUUUGUGAUCAGGGUUGAUUGAGUGG